AUGGCAGCUCGAAACCCAGGAAUCGAAUACGAUGAAACAUGGAUACAGAAUGUGUAUAUCAAUCUACCAGCAGUUAAACGUAGAGCAGAAACACUGGGAACCAGACGCACAGUUAAAAAACAAUGGCAGGCAGCAUGGUUAUUGAGAGCUGUAUCUUGUAUAGAUUUAACAACAUUAGCAGGAGAUGAUACACCAGCUAAUGUAUCUAGGUUAUGCUAUAAAGCUAGAAAUCCUAUCAGAUCUGAUUUGAUUAAGGCAGUUGGGAUGCAAGAUAAAGGCAAGUUGUGUCUGACUACUGGUGCUGUUUGUGUUUAUCCAAGUCGGAUACAGGAUUGUGCUAAGGCACUGAAGGCAUGUAAUGGUACCAAGAUACCUAUAGCAUCAGUUGCUACUGGAUUUCCUGCUGGUCAAACACCAUUAAAGACUAGAUUGGAAGAAAUAAGACAGGCUGUAGAGGAUGGAGCGAGAGAAAUAGACAUUGUUAUAAACAGAACAAUGGCUUUAACUGGAGAUUGGAAAGGGGUAUAUAAUGAAGUAAGAUUAAUGAGAGAAGCUUGUGGUGAAGCUCAUUUAAAAACUAUACUUGCUACUGGUGAACUAGGCUCCAUGGUAAAUGUUUAUAAAGCUAGUAUGGUCUGUAUGAUGGCAGGUGCUGAUUUUAUCAAGACAUCCACUGGUAAGGAAGGUGUUAAUGCUACUCUACCAGUAGGUCUAGUCAUGGUUAGAGCUAUCAGAGAAUAUUACCAACGAACAAAUUACAAGGUUGGUUUUAAACCAGCUGGUGGUAUCAGGACAGCUAAAGAUGCCUGUACCUGGUUGUCUCUGAUGAAAGAAGAACUUGGUGAUGAUUGGACCAAACCAAACCUGUUCCGUUUUGGGGCUAGUAGUCUUUUAGGAGACAUUGAAAGGCAAAUCUUUCAUUAUGUAACUGGAAGAUAUGCUGCAGCUCAUGAACUACCAAUGGCCUAAUUUUAAAUCCUUAAUUAUAUCUACCUCAUGGAAAAUGAACUAAUCUGCUGGGAUGUAAAAAUUAUAUUUUUUUAUAGUGUUUGGAAUUUAAAGUUACAGGGAUUGUAAAAAGGAUUUCUAAAAUUUGUAUGUGUAUCUGGGACACACAAUUUUCAUCAUUCCAAUUUUCAAUCAGACAUCGGGGGUUCCUGCAAUUUCACUAAAACUAAUUGUGAUUACUGACGUCAUCAAACACUUAGUCUUUUAAUGGAAUUGCAGGAACCAAAAACGUCUGAUAGAAAUUGGAAUGGUGCAAAUUGAUGAUAUAAGAGUACCCAAUACACAUAAUUUGCAUCAUUCCAAUUUUCAAACAGACGUCUGGGGUUCCUGCAAUUCCACUAAAACUAAAUGCAUUUUCUGAUGUCAUAAAUCAGUUAGUUUUAAUGGAAUUACAGGAACCACAAUCGCCUCUUUUGAAAAUUGGAAUGGUGCAAAUUGAUGUUAUAAGUGUCCAUAUACACAUAAUUUUUU